GAAAGAGUCAUUAAGAUUCGUUAUCGGAGCAGCAGGUAUGGGCUGGAUAGAAACAGUCAAGUGGUUAGUGGAGUCAUAGGCCUGGGUCUUUUUUUAAGGAAAUGGCGAGACAGCGUUUUGUAGUUAUUUAACGAGGUCUAAAUCUUAAUAUAGUGCGGUUAGGAUAGCGACAAUGUUGUAUGCAUGGAACAAAAAAAAGAGUGGGUAGACACAGCUUGGUUUGAAAUGUCGGUCAACACUGCCUCCGACACAGGAAGCGUAGAGCACAACUAGAAAGGACAACGGAGUUAUUAUUAACACGGUGGGGAAUAUUACAGUGUAACACCAUCGAAGCAAAUACAAAAGAACAUGAAACUACGUACUCAAACUGUUUGGUACACCCAGGAGGCUAAGAUGUAGGAUGCUUGAUGCCCCGCAAGAAGAAGCCUAGCCAAUCCAAGAAGCCCACUCUGCAGUUUUUGGAGAGUCCACAAAAAGGAGAAAAGGUCAUACAAGUAGUGCCUCUUCAAUCUGCAGUAAAUCCACGUCAUGUAUCCUGUGUACCAAUUGACCAGAAAUCUUCCUUCACUUGGGUAUUGCCACAGUUUGAAUUUUUGGACACAACAGUUGAAGGGCCAUCACGAGAACAACACAAAUGUAACAAAUCUGAUCGCACAACACGACAUAAUUACAGAAAAAAGCAGAAUACUACACUAAAAGCAGUAGCCGAGAGAAAACUGUGCAAUAACUUUGUCCCUUUGACCUUUCUGGGCUGUGAUGAGUUGCCUGUUCAGAAGGAGAACCACAAGUUUCAUUCUGGCCCCAGUCAGAAAGUUGAAACUCUUGGUCAAGCUCAACUACCAACAAAUAAAACUUUACUUAUGGGCAUCACUCACCAAGCAUUCAAAGAUGACAGUCCCUUUGGAAAAGUUCAAAAUAUAGAUAUCUUGGGUCAGAAGUUCAAGUGUAACCAUCAAGGAUCUGUGGCAAAGGGCUUGUUUGGCAAAAUGAACUUUGUCACAAGUUCAAUAAGGAAUAUACCACACAGUUCUAUGAAAUGCUCCAGUUUCAGUUCUCCAUUGUAUUGUGUAAACCAUCAAAAUUGUGCAGAGUCUGUUGGUAAGGAGGUCUCCCUUUCUGAUGAGGAUUUCAUUCUACCACACGUUAGCACUCCCACAAUUGAUAGCUUACUUCCAGCGUGUAGCUUGAGAAGACAUAUUAGUAGAGUAAGGGACAGAACACCAGACGUACCCACUAGAAUCUCUUUCCAAAGCAGACCAGAGGACUGCUUGGAUACAAGUUAUGGACUGAAUAAUUUUUCUGAAGCAUGCCUAACUCCUGAAGUUUGGGUGCAGGACACUCCAGAGCAUGAAUAUGGACUCAAAGCAAUCUGGCGAAGACGGCCAGACAUCAUGCAGUAUCUGAAAGAUCGUGGAAAAUUAACCAGUAGUGAUGUGCUUGUUGGUAAAUAAUAGGAUACUUGACCAUUUUCAAAACAAAAGCAAAUAGUAAUAAGCCUUUCAGUUUAAAUGGUAUUGUCACAUAAUUUUAGUUACUAUUUACCACUUAUUAAGAAUAUCUGGGAAAUUGACUGAAGCUACAUGAGCAUUAUCCUUUGACCUGUCAACAUGGCAAUACAGCUCACAGAUUUGGAAUUCUUUCACACGUACUGGGUUCAAAAUAUAAAAUCUUGAUUUUCAACUGUGGCAUUUCCCAUGUCAGUGCAACAGUGGGUCCAGACUCCAUUUCAAUAUCUGAAUGGAAUAUAGAAUCGGAUGUGAUUUUGUCGGAACGAAUUGUAAUUCGCUCAUGCCCACAACAACUAUCCUGUAUACCUUUUAUUAGUAAUGUGUUUCAAGUGAUCACCCGCUAUACAAUUAAAACAUUUUUUUGCUUUUGUUCCACAUUUUUAGAAUAAAAGUCAAU